CAUCCUUCCUUGUGAUCCGGCCAUCUCUCCGCUGUUCUACCCUUGCUGCUUCCUACCCUCUCUUGCCGCCUCUGCUGUGAGCGAGCGAGCGCGAGGAAUGGAGGCGAGGCGGGAGAUCGCCAAGCGGGCGCGCACGGCCGGCACGAGCAACGACGACGACGCCGGGAGCCAGGGGAGCGCGGGAGGGGCGGCGGCGGCGUCCUCCAGGGCCGACGUGAGCACCGGCGCGGCGGAGAUGGACGGGGAGGAGUUGGCCGUCGUGGCGGCGGCGGAGGCUGAGGUGGCGGGCUCGGCGGAGACGGAGGAGCACGUCCAGCGCAUCCUCCUCGCCAUCGACAACUUCACCCGCAAGGUGUCGGAGAUGCUGGACUCCGGGCGCGCCAUGUUCAAGGACCUCGCCGCCGACUUCGAGGACCGCCUCUGCACGAACCACAAGGAGAGGGUGGAGAAGUGGGAGGAGGAGAUCCGGGAGCUGCGCGCCCGUGACGCCGCCAACGAGCAGACCCGCGCCGUCCUCCACAACGCCCAGCUCCAGCUCUUCCACAUCCGCGAAUAGUCAGUCGAGUUCAGUCUGCUUCGAUCAGCUAGCUGUUCCACACAUCUUCAGCAAAGGCAAGACAUCCAACAGCACUGUCUGCAUGCAACAGCAGCAGCUCCCCUGUUUCUUCUGCAUGCUUUCUGCUGUAUAUCUUUCUGAACUUAUCAGCACAGCUAUAUUAACAAGUCCAGUUUGAUGUAGUACUACUAAUACUGUAUGCUCGUAUGAAUCUGCCACCUGCAGUGAGUUGCCACUUCUGAAUCUGAACAUGAAUGCCUUGCACUUUAGUUGAAUA